GUGGCAGAUGAAUUCAGAAAUGAAAUACUAGGGGGAGCAGUAACGAGGAGAUCCUUAGGAAUAUGCCUAGGAGAGUGCUGAGAGAAAAAAAAAGUGAAAUGCAGGAAGUCCGUAAGCGAGAGUUAGGAAGGAGAAUCCCCAAAGAAUCCCUGCCUCUUCCAUUGGUUCCCAAUUCCUCGCCCUCCGGAGGCAUACGAACUACAACCGGCGUCCGGUUUUCCCGCGGAUCUCAGGCGGCCCCGCCUCCCCGGCACUCCGUGGUUAAAGGAACCGCAACUCUAGGCCACGCCCUCUUGGCCCUGGCUGCGUUCUCCUGAGCUUCCUACACCUGAGGGACCGCCCACAUUGGCUAAGUCACACCCACCUCGGUGUCCCUCCGGUUACAGGCUUUAUUGGCUCCGCCCCCUCCCGGGAGGUCUCUCGGUGGCCCCACCUCCGCCCGCCCUGCCCAGCCUUCCCUCAACUCUCGCCAGGGGGCGCAGCGCAACCCCCCUGCCACCCGCGGCAGAGUCUGUCGCACACACCCCCUCCGCCGGCGCGCCGGCAGUUCCUAGCCGACUACGCCUCCGCUCAGAGCCAGCCCGGCUGCUCCCGCUCCGACUCCGGAAAGGGUCGGGGGUCCCGAAUGGCCGCGGCAGGGUAUAGGAGGCCAAACGUGUAGGCCGACAGGCGUCAUGGAGGCGGAGCAGCGGCCGCCGACUGGGACCAGCGACGGGGCGACCCCUGGACUGGAGGCGGCGCCUCCUGCUGCCCCGGCGUCUACGACCACGGCCUCCGGUCCGAUCCCUGGGUCCGGGCCCGGGCCCGAGCCCAAGAGGAGGCAGCUCGGGACGCUGCUCCAGCCUACGGUCAACAAGUUCUCCCUUCGUGUGUUCGGCAGCCACAAAGCAGUGGAAAUCGAGCAGGAGCGGGUCAAGUCAGCGGGGGCCUGGAUCAUCCAUCCCUACAGCGACUUCCGGUUUUACUGGGACCUGAUCAUGCUCCUGCUGAUGGUGGGCAACCUCAUUGUGCUACCUGUGGGCAUCACCUUCUUCAAGGAGGAGAACUCUCCGCCUUGGAUCGUCUUCAACGUCCUCUCUGACACUUUCUUCCUGAUGGAUCUGGUGCUCAAUUUCCGCACCGGCAUUGUCGUUGAGGAGGGCGCUGAGAUCCUGCUGGCACCUCGGGCCAUCCGUACACGCUACCUGCGCACCUGGUUCCUGGUCGACCUCAUCUCCUCUAUUCCCGUGGAUUACAUUUUCCUGGUGGUGGAGCUGGAGCCACGACUGGACGCCGAGGUCUACAAAACAGCGCGGGCCCUGCGCAUCGUGCGUUUCACCAAGAUCCUUAGCCUGCUGCGGCUGCUCCGCCUCUCCCGCCUCAUCCGCUACAUACACCAGUGGGAGGAGAUCUUUCACAUGACCUAUGACCUGGCCAGUGCGGUGGUUCGCAUCUUCAACCUCAUCGGGAUGAUGCUGCUGCUAUGUCACUGGGAUGGCUGUCUGCAGUUCCUGGUCCCCAUGCUGCAGGACUUCCCUCCCGACUGCUGGGUCUCCAUCAACCACAUGGUGAACCACUCGUGGGGCCGCCAGUAUUCCCACGCCCUGUUCAAGGCCAUGAGCCACAUGCUCUGCAUUGGCUACGGGCAGCAGGCACCUGUGGGCAUGCCCGAUGUCUGGCUCACCAUGCUCAGCAUGAUCGUGGGCGCCACAUGCUACGCUAUGUUCAUCGGCCACGCCACCGCCCUCAUCCAGUCCCUGGACUCCUCCCGGCGCCAGUACCAAGAGAAGUACAAGCAGGUGGAGCAGUACAUGUCCUUCCACAAGCUGCCAGCGGACACACGGCAGCGCAUCCAUGAGUACUAUGAGCACCGCUACCAGGGCAAGAUGUUCGAUGAGGAAAGCAUCCUAGGCGAGCUGAGCGAACCGCUUCGGGAGGAGAUCAUUAACUUCACCUGCCGGGGCCUGGUAGCCCACAUGCCGCUGUUCGCUCAUGCCGACCCCAGCUUCGUCACGGCUGUGCUCACCAAGCUGCGCUUUGAGGUCUUCCAGCCGGGGGACCUCGUGGUGCGUGAGGGCUCCGUGGGCAGGAAGAUGUACUUCAUCCAGCACGGGCUGCUCAGUGUGCUGGCCCGCGGCGCCCGGGACACCCGCCUCACUGAUGGAUCCUACUUUGGGGAGAUCUGUCUGCUGACUCGGGGCCGCCGCACAGCCAGUGUGCGUGCUGACACCUACUGCCGCCUCUACUCACUCAGUGUGGACCAUUUCAAUGCUGUGCUCGAAGAGUUUCCCAUGAUGCGCCGGGCCUUCGAGACAGUGGCCAUGGAUCGGCUGCGCCGCAUCGGCAAGAAGAAUUCCAUACUACAGCGGAAGCGCUCCGAGCCUAGUCCGGGCAGCAGUGGGGGCCUCAUGGAGCAGCACUUGGUGCAACAUGACAGGGAUAUGGCUCGGGGUGUUCGGGGCCUGGCCCCAGGCACAGGAGCUCGACUCAGCGGAAAGCCAGUGCUGUGGGAGCCUCUAGUACACGCGCCCCUGCAAGCGGCUGCUGUGACCUCCAAUGUGGCCAUUGCCCUGACUCAUCAGCGGGGCCCUCUCCCCCUCUCCCCUGACUCUCCAGUCACCCUCCUUGCUCGCUCUGCUCGAAGAUCAGCAGGAGCAGGCUCCCCAGCCUCCCCACUGGUGCCCGUCCGAGCCGGCCCUCUGCUGGCCCGGGGGCCUUGGGCAUCCACCUCCCGCCUGCCGGUUCCCCCUGCCAGAACCCUCCAUGCCAGCCUAUCCCGGGCUGGGCGCUCCCAGGUGUCCCUGCUGGGCCCGCCUCCAGGUGGAGGUGGGCGGCGCCUAGGACCUCGGGGCCGCCCACUCUCAGCCUCCCAACCCUCACUGCCUCAGCGGGCAGCAGGCGAUGGCUCUCCUGGGCGGAAGGGCUCAGGAAGCGAACGUCUGCCCCCCUCAGGGCUCCUGGCCAAGCCUCCGGGGACAGCCCAGCCCCCCAGGCCACCGGUGCCUGAGCCAGCCACGCCCCGGGGUCCCCAACUCUCUGCCAACAUGUGAAACCUUUGGGUAAGCUCUCAGGUGCAGUGGCAUGUGUCCAAGGGCAGAUGCCUCUUGGGAACACCAGGAGGACCUGAAACGCUGCCCUAUGGGAGUAUCUCCCCUUAGUACAAAGAAGAUGGCCUCUGUCCUCAGCUCAGGCACCCUGCAGCCUGACACCCUCCUAGUCCACUCACCCAUUCAUCAAAGACACCGAGUGCCUACCAUGUGCAAGGCACUGUGCCAGGCGCUCUAUGUCCCCACUGCCAAGUAGAAGUGACUCCAAGCCCUCUGAUGAAGUUUAGUCCCCUGGCUGUGGUCUUGCCAGGUGCAGGCCCGGCCCGUGAUCUCAUCUUACUAAGCACAAGUACUUGUCAUCGCCAUCACUGCCACGUAACUAGAUGUCUCUGUUUUCCUGCCCAUGACCUUGCAGGUUCUGCCUGGCAUGGUUGUCUUCCCAUCCUGCUAGCAUAGCUGGGCACUGCCAAUUCCUUGUGCCCCCACUGCUGUCAACAAAUGUCUUGGGUCCCCAUGUGGGCAUACAGCUUGACUGCCGUGUGUGGACCCUCCCUGUCUACACCCCCUGAACGGGAACACGGAUCUCCUGCCAAGUUUCCUGCAUUCUCUGUCUCCGUGGUAGAAUUGCCUUUUUGUAAAUUGGGAGCCACCUCUUCCCUGUGCCCCUGUUCCAGUGGUGUUCCCGUUAGAGCUAAGGGAUUGUUGACACCCCCUUAAUUCAGUGUGCCAACCUAGAUUCCCCCAACCCCGGGGCGGGGGGCAAGUGGCUGAAUCCUUGAUGGCAUUUUUUUUUCUUUCC